AUGAACCAGCAACUAGACAACGGCGCGCUCCUAGCGCUUAUGCAACAGAUGCAACAGCAACUUGCCGACCAGCAAAGCCAGCUUCUUUCCCUCGCGUCACGCCAGAGUCAGCAGCCUGAUCAGACCCGUUUCCGCCUCCCUGAUCCGCCCCGAUUCGACGGCAAACCGUUCUCACUUCGCACAUGGCUCCCAUCAAUACAAGCAAAGCUUACCGCGGACGGCCUUACUGGCCAGCAAGCAUUCGAUUAUGUCUAUAACCGGCUCGAGACACCUCAGCAAGCAUCAGUGUUACACCUUAAAGAAACCAACGACCCAAACCAAAUUUUCCAAUACUUCCAACGAAUUUGUCACAACCCACGCGAAAGCAGGAGAGUAUCCUCCAAUUCGCCAACGUUCGCCAAAAAGACGAUGAAACGAUACGCUUUUGAGCUAUCCUACGAGGAAUAUCUAGAGAUUCUACAGCGAUACGACCGUCGCCAGCCGCGACCCUUUCAACGCCAAUCUUCACCUCAACAACGUCAGCGCCAACUAGCCCCAGAACCAAUGGAUCUAUCAGUGAAUCGCACCAAAAUUGGCCGCGAGGCUCGCCAGAGACAACGUCAACAGGAGGGCCUCUGCCGGUACUGUGGUAGCCCUGAUCACUAUAUUAACCAAUGCAACGACCCCACGUGGAACCCGCAGUAUCGUUAUCGCCGGUCAUCGCUCACAUCGUCAUCGACAUCGUCCCUUUCUGACGCCGAAUCGCCCCCGAAAAGGCGGAUCAAGGCCACCCCAGCCCGCAUUAACACCCCAACCGACAACCACGUAGACCUCGAUUAUCCGCUCGUCGUCCAUAGCGACGGCCGCAUUACUAGGAGAGGAGGGGGGUAA